AUGACGCCAGACAACAGGAUCACCAAAACGUGCGGGAAUUCGCAGCUUACCUUAACCAAUGGGAAGUUCAGCUCCCAGAAGCAUACACAGAAAAUCAACGAAAGGAUCACCUCCGGACAAGAGUCAAGCAAGACCUGCGACAUGAAGCGCUUAAAUACCACCAACGAACCAGAGACAUAUGAAGGCUAUAUCGCCCACCUCCAAACAAUUGAAGAUUCCAUACCGGGUCGACGCAAGGAAAUAUCGCAAGCGAAGAAUAGGAGAAGCCAACACAGCUUAGCUAUGCGACACCGGACGACGACCCCAGGCAACACGGAAAGACAACAACCUUCCAGUCAACGGGGCCCAGACAAGCCAUGGAGAGGCAACAAUCGCGCCUUUCGUGGAAACUCUAAUAGGUCCCAAGGUCAUAAGCGACAGCAGUCGCAUAACCCUGAUAUUGAAUGCUAUGUCUGCGGAGAAAAGGGACAUAUUGCGCCUCAAUGUCCCAAACCUGCGGCUCUGGGCCUAGAGGAAGAAAAUCCAAAAGAUAAUGCCAUUGAGACUAUGGUUGAGCUGCAAGCACAAGAGCGCACUAUUCCAACUUGUGUUAAUCGACUCGGGGUGUCAAGCCCUUCUUAUCAGCCGAAGGUUCGCAGAUGCGCACCUCCCGGAGCCUGCAAUAGGCCCGCGGAGGAUAUGGCCCUAGAUGGUCACCGCAUCCGUUGCUACGGACGCUACAGGCUGAGGGCAACCACCCAAGAUUGCCACGGUGUUCGUAGAACGAUUGAAAGAACAUUCGAUGUGGUUGAUAUGGACCAUUAUGAUGCGAUUCUAGGAUACCCUUGGUUGAGAGAGGCGAACCCAAACGUCGACUGGGAACUAGGAACAUGGGAAUACCGGAAAAUACCUCCGGAGAAAGAAGUCGAGAUAAUCAACGAAGCAGAGGUGAAUCGCACUUACGAGAGGGAAAACAAGUCUACGCAGCGUCGAAAUCCGUGUGGGUUCUGCGACAUCGGCGAAGGAGUGCGAAUACCCGCAAUCUACAAGGAGUUCGAAGAUGUCUUUUCGGAGGAAAAUGCAGGGAUUCUACCUGCGCAUGCAGACCACGACCAUGCAAUUGAUAUACAACCGGGAAAGGAACCCCAUACCGACCAAUUUACCCCUUGUCCGAAAGUGAGCUCGCAGUUCUGCGCAGAUAUAUUGAAGCAGCGCUAG